GUUUUGAUUCCGCGUCCGUGCUGCGUCUCGUGACUGGUGAUUUCCUCCAUCAUGCUCUCUCCUCUGCUGUUUUUCGCUCUUCUGUUCUUUUAUGCAGCUCAGGGACUCCAGUUCAACCAUAUCGAAGAGGACACAGAGUUUGUUAAUGCAGACUCGAAGUAUGGCUCUCUCUGGCCUCUCCCACAGAAGGUGAAUUUCUCAAGUGUUUCAUUCAAGUUGAGCGGCUCCACCUUUAGAAUAGUCGACGCCAAAGAAUCAUCUGCUGGAGCAAGUUGUGCUGUGUUGCAAAAUGCCUACAGAAGGUAUUUUGACUACAUUUUUGACGGCGCUAAAAAGCAGUGGGCAGGUAAAAGGACGCGCUCAGGUGCGUCUGAGCUGGGGGAGCUGCAAGUGUGGAUCACAUCACCUGACUCAGAGUGCGACGCUUACCCCAGUGUGUCCACGGACGAGUCAUAUGAACUAAUUGUGGACCAGCCAGUUGCUGUGUUAAAGGCCCCAAAGGUCUGGGGAGCUUUGCAUGGUUUAGAAACGUUCAGCCAGUUGGUGUAUAAAGAUGAGUUUGGGAGUAGGAACAUCAACGCAACUACAAUCAGCGAUUUCCCCAGAUUCGCACACAGAGGCAUCUUAUUGGAUACUUCACGGCACUUUCUACCAAUUAAAGUCAUCUUGGCCAACUUGGAAACGAUGGCAAUGAACAAAAUCAAUGUCUUUCACUGGCAUAUAGUGGAUGACCCGUCAUUCCCUUACCUAAGCAAAACUUUCCCUCAACUAAGCCAGAAGGGAGCUUACCAUCCUUACACACAUGUGUACACACCGGCUGAUGUGAAGAUGAUCAUUGAGUUUGCCCGUCUCAGGGGAAUUCGCGUCAUCCCAGAGUUUGACACUCCAGGUCACACACUUUCUUGGGGAGGAGGUCAGCCAGAUCUUCUUACACCCUGUUACUCUGGCUCUUCACCGUCUGGCACCUUUGGACCAGUCAACCCCAUCCUGAACACCACUUAUGAUUUUAUGACACAGUUCUUCAAAGAAAUUAGCUCAGUGUUUCCCGAUGCCUAUGUGCAUCUAGGAGGUGAUGAGGUGGAUUUCACUUGCUGGAAGUCCAAUCCAGACAUUCAGGCUUUUAUGAAGCAGCAAGGUUUUGGAGAUGACUUCACAAAACUGGAGUCAUUUUACAUUCAAAGACUUUUAGAUAUUGUUGGCCAGACCAAUAAAGGCUACAUGAUCUGGCAAGAGGUGUUUGACAAUGGUGUGAAGCUAAAACCAGACACAAUUAUCCACGUCUGGAAAGGAAACCAACAGCAAUACCAGAAUGAGAUGGCGCAAAUUACAUCAGCUGGUUACCACACCUUGCUGUCCACUCCGUGGUACCUGAACUAUAUCUCCUAUGGCCAGGACUGGCAUAACCAUUACAAGGCUGACCCUCAGGAUUUUCAGGGAACUGAUAAGCAAAAAGAGCUUGUGAUUGGUGGAGAAGCCUGUCUAUGGGGCGAGUAUAUAGACGCCACCAACCUGACACCAAGGCUCUGGCCUCGUGCUAGUGCUGUAGCCGAACGUUUGUGGAGUGCCAAGGAUGUGAAAGACCUUAACGAUGCUUAUAGCAGACUGUCACUCCAUCGCUGUCGUAUGGUGGAGCGUGGAAUCCCAGCAGAACCAUUGUUUACCGGUUUUUGCCCUCAUGAGUAUAAGGGGAUCUAAGAAAAGGACAAACCUACUGAAUGUGAUGCGAUCUCAGCUUAAAGGGAAAUGCAUUUUUACUGAUUUGUAUGUUCUAAAUGCUCAGUUGAUCAUAGAUUUUGCCAUUUUUUUUGAGUUAUUAUAGGUCACCUUUACAAAAGGUUGAUCAUACUGUUCUGAAUAUCUUGAACUUCUUGAUUGCACUUUGUUUUACUUUACAUUUUUAAGUGGGUGAUUUUACAAAAAAAAUUAUAUCCAAAAUAAAAAUACAUU